AGCCGCGCGUGCUUCUUCAGCGGCGGCCGGCGGUUGACAUCCAGCAGAGGCGGGAGAAGGAGCGUCGUUGCAGCACCGGCUCGGAGCAGGACAUCACGGUGGGGACAGGCGACAAUCGGCCAGUGCACGGAAAAACUGUCAGUUGUCAAUCUGUGCUUGAGGCGAAGACUGUAGCUCCCAUACGUGAAUAGUGAACAUAGACUGUUCCAGUCUGCUCAACGUUGAAAAUGAAGAGGAACUCUCUGAGAUGCUCCUUGUUUUGUUACCUCAUUUUGCUGACCUGGCAAAGUAUAAUGAUGUUGCAGUGUGGCAAGCAGGAAUUUGAGGACAACCAAAGUCGCUGUGUCCCCUGCUUUCCCUGUCCUCCAGGGCAGCAGCCUGAUAAGGAAUGUGGUUACGGAAAAGGUUUUGGAAUGGUCUGCAGAAGCUGCAUGCCGAGUACUUUUAAAGAUGGCCAUGGCUUUGGCUCCUGUAAAGCCCACAAGGACUGUGCGGGUUUGAUGAAGACGUAUAGCCAUCUGGGGACAACAAUGACAGAUGCUACCUGUGGACACUGUUUGCCGGGGCAUUACACCUUGGCUGAAGAAACCUCUGGUGCAGAGAAAUGUUUGCCAUGUUCCUCUGCUCCAAUGGGAACUGUGGGAUGUUCAGGGCUUUAUUCACGAAUCAUGCGUGUGGCACGGAAUACCCAGCAUGCACUGCAGGCUGGCCUCGCUAAGUCUUCCAAUGAGAGCAAAGAGGUGGCACCAGAAGAAAAGAAGACAGAGUACGUUGUCUUUGCAUUGGUGCCAAUCUUCUGCAUCGUGGGCUUGUGCGGGAUUUUUAUCUGCAACUUCAUGAAGAAGAAGGGAUACCGCUGCAUCUCGGAAAAAUCUGAUGAGGAAACCUCCAAUGGAAAACUGGCCAUUAAUACGGUUCCCUUCAGUACAGAUGAGAGCAACGAAGACACAAUCGGCGUGUUGGUGCGGCUAAUCACGGGGAAGAAAGAAAACGCCGUAGCCUUGCAGGAGAUGUUAAAGGAGCAUGAACUCUUGAAGGGAAGUACCUCCAACAAUAUGACAGAAAUCAGUAGAAAUUUAUCAGAAAGGUUUGUUCCAUUGUUGUCUAUUCCCAAACUAUGUAAACAUCAUCACGUCCACACGGUACAGACCUCUGCAACCCUGUUGGGUUCCAGCUGUACUAGGUGCAGUCAGAAGAAGUGGCCGGAACUGCUGUUGAAUCCACCUAUCAGGAACACCACCAAAUCCGUCAAAGUGGGAAACAGGGUCAGUAGGCCUGGUGAAAUCACCAUCCUAUGUAUUGGCAGGUUUCGCGUUACUCAAAUUCCUGAACAGAAGCCGAAUUUAACUGAUGGGAAAUAUCUCCCAUUGUCAAUGAAAAAUGAUUUGGAGGACAUUACCUGUGACAGUUCAAUGGACCAAAAAUCUCUGCUGGACUCAAUGAAAUGCUUAAAACACAUAGACAGCCAGCAAGAGGUUGGUGACUGAGUUUAUUGAAGAUCCUGAAAUGGUCCAAGUUACCCCUGGUGUGGGCUGUAGAAAAGGUGGACAAUGCAAGCCUUGAAAAUAUGAACAUUUGAGAUGGGGGGGGAAAAAAAAAUCCCUUUCCAAAAUACUGUGGGUUAUUAGGUGCAAAAGGUGAGGAAAUGUGGUCUACCUAAAAGGAAUGCAGGGAAGCUGCCUUCAGUCAUGUGAACACAACUGGAAAACUGAGAUUCGAGGAACAAGAUGCCAUCAACAGCUGGAAUGUGUACCCUCUAAAUCAAUCUCCCAUCGUUUGACUCUUGUGUUAUUUUUCAAAUAUUAACUUGUUUUGUAAAAGUUGUAACUUGAACUGCACAUAAAGGUGCUGUUUAUCUAUUUGUUGACCCUUAAUUUUCUUUUAGACUGAUUCAUUUGUUUAAUCAAGUUUCAUGCCAUCUUGUAGAUUUUUUUUAAAUUCUAUUUUGAAGACCACCAGAGUCCUUCUGUGGAAUUAAGCAUAACAGCAUCCUUGUGAUUACACAUGUAGUACUAAGCUAUGCAGUGAACCUGAACAAGGCUAGGUUGUAGGAACAACAGCCGGCAAAUAGCAGGGAGAGUUAACGCUGCGUAAUUUUAAAGAAAAAUGCAAUAAGCACUUAGAUGAUAAGCAGCCACUUCCGAACAUAACGUGAAAAUGUGUGAUUAAUAGGAGUGUCAACAUUCAUUUGUUGCAUUAGUUAUUUUUUAAAUAAGGACCAGCGUUUGAAGCUCUCUCGGGGUCCAACAUUACCCAAAGAACAAGUAAUGGUGACAGAGCUCUUUAAAAAGGGGACAUUCCCUAGAUGUAAGUAAAUCAGCUCAAAACUGGCCACCUAGCCAUUUUAAAAAUUAAAGGCAGGAACACUAGAAAUAUCUUUUGACAUGGUCAAAGAUCUAAAUUGUUUUCUCUAUCUUUUUAAUUAUGGCAUUGUAAAGAGAUUUAAAUGUUAUAAAGCAAUAAUACCCUUUAAAAAAAAAAACGAAUAAUAUAACAAAUUAUUUUGCUACCUCCACAAGUAAAUUGUUGCUAUCUAGGCAUGGCUUGGCUGCCAUUUAUUUAAGAAAAGGGAGGGUAUUUUGUGAUAUUUAACUUGGUGUUUGUUGUGUACUAACAGCACACACCUCUCAUCUGUCAACUUGCUGCUAGUUGUGUGGUUGUGGUUAAUGCCAACUCUUGCAACAGCUGUGUUUCAUCCAGAAAUUGGCAAAUCACACAUUGUGGAACUGCAGUUUAUCCAAGUAUGUAGAAUGAACUGGCUGCGAGUUCAUUGAAUAGCCACUAAAAAUGCUCUGGGAAGGGGAAAAUACAAGGCAGAUAAUCCCAAAUGGUAGAAGUCAGCAUUGACGCUGCUACUGCUGGCUUCGCCAUUUAUCUUUUGUGUAUUACUGAUAGCCCUAUGAAUGCUAAACUCAUUUGCAAAUAAAAUGAGUCUGUGCAAUAAAAUAUUGUCUGUGCAAUAAAAAUCAACCAGUUUGAGGUGUAUUUACCUGGUGCAUACACCAGAGGGUCGAAUGCACAAUAAUAACUAGAGUUUGAAAUAGUCCUGGUGAAUUCUGUCCCUAUUGUGACUCGUCCGUCAUGAAGAGAUUCUAGUCGGAAAAACAGCCCAUAUACAUCUGAUUAGAGCCUUUAGUUUUGGAGGUAAUUGUGAUAAAUACCCCACCAUCCCAAACCAUCAAUUAUUUCACAAACCAACCAUUAAUGGUGGAACGGAGUAAUAUUAUAUUUCUAAAUUGUUAGAUACAACUUUAGGUAGAUUGCAUUCCAUUGAGGAGGAUUGGUUCCACUGAUUUGGAGUAGUGACUUAAUGGCUUUCUUAACAAUUUUUGUUUUUAUUUUAUUGCUGUCCCCUUGUGGAAUGUUAUUAAAAUGUAAGUUUUUAAAAUAAAAUGAUAAAUUAACACCCAUUGACUUGCAGUAAGGAUGGUUACUUUGGCUUGUACACAUAGUUUAAAUUCUCUUUGGAUUUUUAAGUGGGCCAAUUGUUCAAAUAAGAUAUUUGUUAAAAAAUAAAAUCACUGCAUUUUUACAUGUAACAAAUUUGAACUUAAUAUUCAAUUGGCCAAGAGGAUUUUUAAGAGCAAGUAAUAUCAUAUUCCAGUGCCAGCAUUCAACAGCGAUCUGGGAUUUAUACAUUGCUUCCAGUGGCAAGAGAAAAUGGGAAGCUUCCCAGGGUAGAUUUACCAUCAUGGCGAAUGUGAGGAGUUGCUUCUCCAGUGCCAACCAAGGACAGAAGCAAGCACACAUUAAGGACAUCUGCACCAACGUUGUCUCUGAAGCUUUACUCUGUAAUCGUUAAGUAUUUUGCAACUUAUCCUGUAAAACAAAUGGAAUGGCCUUCAUGGCAGAAAGGGCUACCCUGGUAUGGAACUUGUACCCUCUGUCUGAUCUCGCCAGUAAGCAAGUUUGAUUUUAGCAGAAUCUACGGCUUCUGGCUUAUUUUAAGGGGAAGCUCUGUCCCAGUCAACCAAAGUCUUAAAAACUUCUAUUUCUGUGCACAAAAGUCCGCGAGCAUUGCCACUUUCAUUUCACUGCACAUCUCGUAUGUGUAUGUGACAAAUAAACUUGACUUGACUUGCUACCGAGAAGUGGGACCAACAUUAUAAAUAAAUCAUGUAUGACAGAUUGAGACCACUAUUAGUGUGUUUAACUGAGUAAUUAAAUAAGGAAUCUGUUGUGUAACUGAGAAUUAGAUUCCUGAUUCUAUCCUCUUUUGUAAAACUUGUUUACACCAUUUUAAUAUUGGGUGAAAAUUUACACAUUGCUGCCUUUUUAAAUGUGUUUUAAUGGUAUGUUAUGUGAGUGUUUACUUAAUUUAUUCCUAGUCAUAACAGUUUUAGGACAUCUAGUGGAUGCACUGAAUAUAAGACCAUGUUUGUGUCAUGGGUGGUAUUUAUCUUUGGUUGGUUAUGUUGCAGCAUUUUUACUUGGGUUCUGGCUAAUGAAAUAAAGUUUGUUAUUCUGACGUA